GAGUAGUGUAUGUGUAGCCGGCUCUCGACUGAAAUCGCACCUUCAAUCUGUGUAUAAAAGGUUUGUGGCAGUGCAAGGAUUAGCACUGCGCUUCGGUUGGCAGUGAACGGUGUAUAGCCCAAUCGUCUUGCAUUCAUUUUGUGUGUUUUGCUCAAUUUUGGGUGCUUGUGAUCACUGAACGAGGCCGGCCACACAUUUUUUGUUUUUCGAUUCUGUAGCCAGCAAUUUACGACCCAAGAUGGCUCCUCCAUUGUAUGCCGAUUUGGGCAAGAAGGCUAACGAUGUCUUCAACAAGGGCUAUCAUUUUGGUCUCUUAAAGCUGGACUGCAAGACGAAAACGGCCGGAGGUGUCGAACUCAGCACCGGUGGAAACUCAAAUCAAGACAGUGGCAAGGUCUUUGGCUCUUUGGAAACAAAGUACAAAGUCAAGGAUCCUAACGUUACCUUUACUGAACGAUGGACCACUGACAACAACCUCUUCACAGAAGUUAGUGCCCAAGAUUAUUUCCUUAAUGGCCUCAAGACCGCCGGAAAUGUUACUUUCCAACCGCCAACUGGUGCCGUUAAAGGGCAAAUAAAGUUGGCGUACAAUCAAGAAAAAGUAGCGUUGAACGCUGAUUUUGAUGUCGACAAAGAUAAGCCGUUGAUCAACGCAGCCGCAGUUGUUGGCCAUCAAGGUUGGUUGGCUGGUUACCAGGCCGCCUUCGACGUCAACGAUGUCAAACUGACCAAAAAUAAUUUUGCCCUCGGCUUCCAAACAACAGACUUCACCAUCCACACAUCUGUCGAAUGUCCUAUGCCAUCCGACUCCGAUGGGACAGACGAUGGUGGCGAAAACGAAAAUGAGAACGACGAUGGCAACGACGGUGAUGGGAGCAGUAGUGACGGUCAGAUUUUUAAAGGAUCAUUUUAUCAGAAGAUUAGCCCGAAAUUGGAGUCGGCAGUGCAGAUCGCAUGGAAAUCGGACAACCAGGAGACACAGUUCGGUCUCGGUACGUCCUACAUUAUUGACCAGGAUGCGUCGUUACGCGCCAAAGUGGACAACAAAUGUCUGGUGGGGCUUGGCUAUCAACAAAGGCUUCGUGAAGGCGUAGUGCUGACGUUAUCUCUUUUGGUAGAUGGCCAGAAUUUCAACAGUGGGGGACAUAAAGUCGGUAUGGCUUUGGAGUUGGAGGGUUAAUACAAAAUUUUCAUUCAUAACACGUACCUACUGUAUUAGAGAAAAACGUCGCCACAAGUGCUACUGUGCGGUUGUAGAUAAUUUUUGUUUGUAAUGGUGUUAUUAGGUUACGUAAUAAAGUCUACAUUAAUUAAAA